AUGGAGCCAGAGUCCGACCAGCUUCUCAAGCGGAUGCCGAAUCCUCUUUCAGUUCUGCACCCCGCACCGUCUGUUCUUGCCCCUCGCGUGGGCAACUUUACCAUUCCCGGUCGAAAAUCUAUCCAGACGCCGCAUUAUGUCGCGAUGACAACGCGAGGGGCUGUCUCACACCUCUCGCCGGACGUGCUUCAGGAGCACACGAAUAUUAGCAGCCUACAUAUUGGCUUGGAAGAUUUUCUAGAGAAAGCCCAGCUCGCGGUCCCCCCGAUCCUCAGUAUACCUCGAACAGGAACAGAAUCUAGACUCCGGAAAUUCAUCGCAGCGCGAGAUGACGAUGUUCUCAUAUUGGACACGCGCAGGGCGCCGCCUACCUUUACGCCGCAGCACAAUUUACCUACCGCGGUGGCCAUUCUGACGUCGAUGGGGUUUCACCCUCUAGAGGCAGAAUACUGGCUAGAUUCAAUUGAGAAGCUGCAGCCAGACAUCGUCAUUGGAAUUUCGGAUAUAAUGCAUGGGCACAUCCCUGGAGUGAAGAGGCGCGAGACAAUGGUUGAUCGGACGCAUGCGUAUACGCGAGAUGCAACCCAACGGCUAUAUGGAGAAAAAGGAGACAAUGCAGAGUCCAAGCCAUUGUAUUUUGCCCCAAUUCUGCCAUUAGAAAAUACGCAACAGAGCUUCUAUCUUGAGGACCUGGCCGACGAGUUGCGACCCGCCAUCUCCGGCCUGGCCAUAUACGAAUCAGCCUCGUUGUCCAUAGUCCCGGAAGAACUAGGCGAUUUGCCUCGGAUGUGUUUUAGCAAUACCAAGACACCGCAGCAGGUGCUUCGUGAGGUCUCCCUCGGAGCAGACUUGCUCACCGUAUCGUUUAUCGGCGAGCUGUCAGAUGCCGGGAUGGCUCUGGACUUUACUUUCCCUCCAACAAAGCUUCAGCAGGAGUCCGAGUCCAAGUCCACGGCGCAACCGUUAGCCUUUGAUCUGUGGGACCGCUCACACGCCGCCUCUGUCACCCCAAUCAGUGAAGGAUGCGAGUGCUAUACAUGCCAAAAACACCACCGCGCAUACAUCUGCCAUUUGCUUUCUGCAAAGGAAAUGCUCGCCUGGUCGCUACUCCAGAUCCAUAAUUAUCAUGUAAUGGAUACCUUUUUCGCGGCGAUUCGCGAGUCCAUCGCAGAGGGCACGUUUGAAACGGAUUCAUCUGCGUUUGAGCGUAUAUAUGCCCCAGCUUUCCCGCAGCAAACCGGGGAGGGACCUAGAUUACGAGGGUAUAGCUCUCGCGUCUCUGGUCCCGCUGAGUCCAAACGGAAUGCGUCUGCCUAUGGGAGACUGGAUGAACGUCUUGCAAUUUACGCCCAAUCUCAAUCGUCUGUUGCGACCCCGGACACGAAUGCAGAUGGGCUGGUGGAACAUGGCUUUGCAGAGAAAACGGAGACAUGA